GAGCUGUCUGCUCCGCCCAGCCACCAGCAUGCCCUGGUUGGUGAAUGUGGAAAUUAGAGACCUAGUCGAACUCACCGAAUCUCACCCGCUGGCAAAGAAAACCAGCCACGCAAGCGAGCGCUAAUCAGGAGCAGAGGUUACACAAGCGUGAAUUAUGACCGUCACAGCUCACCCUAGUGACUACGCGUAGAGCCCUCACCUAGUGCACCCCAUUGGGCCGCUUUUUUAGGUUCACGCAGCGCGGUCCGGCCGCAAGAAGCGCCUCUGAUAUGUGGGCCUUGCCUCCUCUCUCUGGUCUCUGCUAGUAGUUUCUUGCCAGUUCUGACAGAUUCCGAGGGCAUUCAAACUGAAUCAUUGACCAGAUUCCGCUCAGGCUGGGUUCAGAAAUCGAGGAAUGAAGGAUAAAGUUGAUGACGAAGCCUAGACGAGCGUACGUGUGGCGAUAAUUGCGAACAGAUUGCCUUCUUGCCAAAGCUACAACGAAAACGCCACGCGCUGACCUGACCUUGUACUUUGUUCGUCACUGACAAGACUCUCCGGCUUGGACCGUCUCUCUGGUCGCUAGAUCUAGUAGAUCUACGGUAGAUUCUGGCAGUUCGGCGUGGUGUCCCUCGGUCCGCCGAUCAAUGAUGCGUCCCAGCAGAUCAAGCCCAUGCGGUGGUUUCUCAUGGCUUCUGGCUGUCGCCGCGACGGCCGUGAUCGUUGCUUCUCUGGGGGUUAUUCUCCCCGUGCCGUGCUACGCGGUCCACCGUGCGCAACCAGCACGAAGGCCCAACACAAGGCAGUACAUCGUGCAUUUGACAUCCGUCCGUGCCGGCAGUGCUGUCGGUCGUGCCGGGGAGGGCUGGCAGACUCACCUGGCUCACGGCUGAGGCUCCAAGCGCCUCAAAAAGUAGACUCCCCAUAUCGGGGACGGCUCGCAGACUCACCGGGCUCACGGCCGAGGCUCCAAGCGCCUCAAAAAGUAGACUCCCCAUAUCGGGGACGGCUGGCAGACUCACCGGGCUCACGGCCGAGGCUCCAAGCGCCUCAAAAAGUAGACUCCCCAUAUCGGGGACGGCUGGCAGACUCACCGGGCUCACGGCCGAGGCUCCAAGCGCCUCAAAAAUAGACUCCCCAUAUCGGGGACGGCUGGCAGACUCACCGGGCUCACGGCCGAGGCUCCAAGCGCCUCAAAAAGUAGACUCCCCAUAUCGGGGACGGCUGGCAGACUCACCGGGCUCACGGCCGAGGCUCCAAGCGCCUCAAAAAGUAGACUCCCCAUAUCGGGGACGGCUGGCAGACUCACCGGGCUCACGGGCGAGGGCAAACCUCGUAGCGAGGGGGAGUGAAUGCGCUGAGGGCCCCCUGCGCCGGGAGGGAGUGAAGGCGCUGACGGCCCCAGCGACUCAAUCCCCGCUCCCCUACCCCUCCUCCCUCCCUUCCUCCCUACCCCAACCCCUCCUAGCAUCACGAAGGCCCAACGCAAGGCAGUAUGUCGUGCAUUGGGGGGGACAGCGCGAAGGCCCAACACGAGGCAGUACAUCGUGCAUCUGUCGUCAGUGCCAUCAGUGCUGUCGUACCGGGGGGGUGUCAACGGGCUGCGCGGCACAGCGACUGUAGACGAUAGCGAGGACGAGUAUGACGAGGAUGACGGGGCGGAUGAUGGGGCGGAAGGCGAUGCUGAUGGUGGUGGGAGUGGUGGGAAUGGGAGUGAUGGGAAUGGGAGUGAUGGGAAUGGGAGUGAUGGGAAUGGGAGUGAUGGGAAUGGGAGUGAUGGGAAUGGGAGUGAUGGGAAUGGGAGUGAUGGGAAUGGGAGUGAUGGGAAUGGGAGUGAUGGGAAUGGGAGUGAUGGGAAUGGGAGUGAUGGGAAUGGGAGUGAUGGGAAUGGGAGUGAUGGGAAUGGGAGUGGUGGGAAUGGUGGGAAUAGCAGUGCACCAGGGUCAGCACCAGCACCAUCAGCACCAGGGUCAGCACCAGCACCAUCAGCACCAGGGUCAGCACCAGCAACAGCAGCAGCAACUUCAGCAGGUGCAACAGCAGCAGGGACAGAAGCAACAGCGGCGGCGGCAAGAUCCGAAAGAAAUCUCUCGUCAGAGUCACGAUUGGAUUCCCUGGACGCCGUUAUUCAGUCCGCCGCUGCGGCUGCUGCAGAGGAAGCAAUGGAGAUGGGAGGACUGGUGAGAAGUGCAGGAGCAGCAGCAGCAGGGGUGCAAGGAAGAGGACUAGGGGAAGGGGGAGUGAGGAUCAGCAGCGCACUGCGUUUUGGGGAAGCUGGGUGGGAUGCGCUGGUGGGGAGGGUGAGGCGUCGCCUGGGCAAGGUCAGAUCGAGGUCUGCUGGCGUGGGCCCGCGCCUGCUGGCCCGCAUUGCUGCUGCUGCAGUGGCUGCUGCAGCAGAGGAAGCAGCAGGAGCAGCUGCCGCUGGUACUGGUACUGGUGCUGGUGCUGCUGCUGCUGCUAAUUCCCAAACCUCUACCUUCAAUGCGUUUAACCCUUCUGCUACCUCUGUGGCCUUCAGCGCCACUGGUAACAUGACACGUGGCAAGAUAGGUGAAGGAGACAGGGGACCUUUGGCAGCAGGAGCCACGUCACCCAUGUUGACAGCUCAGCAACUAACAGCGCAGCAGCCAACAGUCCAGCAGCUGAGUGCGCGUGCAGUGCGCAUCAUGCGCACCACGCCCUGGGGCCGACUCAUGCGACCCGACGUGCGGUUACCACACGUGCAGGCCUUCACUCGCUUCCUUGAAGCUUCCCACCGUAGCCUGCUGCGGUCUCUGGGGAUCCCAGCGUCAGCCAUUUCUCACAGCUACUCCUAUUUGCUCAACAGCUUUGCAGCGCAGCUCACCCCUUCUGAGGCGAGGCGGCUCAAGUGGCACCCGGCAGUGGCGGGCGUGGAGGGAGAGAGGGCAGUGCGGGUGUCCACGGUGCACUCGCCUGAGUUUCUCAAGCUCGGUCAGAGCCUGUGGAAUGCGAAUGGCGGGAAGAGCACUGCUGGGGAGGGUGUGAUUGUCGGGGUGAUUGACUCGGGCAUCUGGCCUGAACACCCCUCCUUCUCCGACCCUGACCCAGGCGGAGCGGCCUAUUCCGCUGUCCCAGCGCGCUGGAGGGGCAAGUGCACCACGACAGCAGACUACCCUGCGUGCAACGGCAAGGUGAUCGGGGCGAGGUACUUCUUGAAGGGCGCGGAGGGACAGUUUGGCGACCUGGAUGAGACGGAAGACUACCGGUCGGCACGCGACAAAGUGGAACACGGCACGUGGUGCGCGGGAGCUGCUGCAGGCAAUGCAGGAGUCACAGUCGCUGUGGGAGGCCGCACCUACGGCACAGCAUCGGGCAUGGCGCCGCGCGCCAGGCUGGCAGUGUACAAGGCACUGUGGAGCAUCGGGGGGGAAGUGGGGGUGGGGGUUUCUUCCGACCUCAUAGCUGCGGCUGAGAAGGCGGUGGCUGAUGGUGUGGAUGUGCUCUCGUGCUCGUGGGGGGGCCUCGCCAUGUACUUCCAAGAUCUGCCGUACCUGCGCGGCUUGAAGGCCGGAGUGGUCACAGCCUUUGCAGCAGGCAACGAGGGCCGACCCAACCCCGUGAGCAUGUGGGGCACCCUGGGGAACGUCUCGCCCUUCUACCUCACAGUGGGCGCAAGCACCAUGGGGCGCGAAUACAAGGCUGUACUAACCCUGGGGGAUGGAGCCACCUUUUCGGGUCGCAGUAUGGGCGGCACCUCUGAGACGGCGGCAGCCCUCCCCUUGGUGCUGGCUGAGUCCGCUGUGUCCUAUGUCGGGGGCACCGCAGAGGCCACGGAGUGCCACCCAGAAGACAUUGACCCGGCUCUAGUGGAGGGCAAGUUCCUCGUGUGCGCCCUCUUGAGCCGUGACCUGCAGUCCGUGCUUGACGACGCCCAAACGAUGCUGGUGGCUGCUGUAGUCAUCAUAAGCGGGAGUGCUAAGGCUGACAUGCAGCAUCGCAUGCCCUACUCCAAGACCCCCAGCAUCUUGAUAAAAUACGCGCCGGGGAAGACGAUCAAGAGCUACAUUGCGGCUGGCGGCAGUCCCACGGCCACCCUAUCCGCCGCCACCGCGUCUUUCUCCACCAAUGCACCCCAAGUCGCCUACUUCUCAUCCACCGGGCCUCCUCGCAGCCCCUACUACUGGCCCCCCCUCCUGUGGCGCGACUUGCCCACUAACGACAUCCUUAAACCCGACGUCAUGGGCCCGGGGUUCCUCCUAUGGGCAGCGGCGCCGGGCAAAUCGGUCGAUACCGCUGCAACCGAUGCUCCUAAUUUUAACUACUGGUCGGGAACCUCCAUGGCGACGCCGCAUUUGGCGGGAAUCAUGGCGCUGAUCGUGCAGAAGAAGCCGAACUGGUCGCCCGCGCAGGUGAUUUCCGCGAUAACUACAACGGCUUUUACGCGGAAUAAAAACCGGCAACUGAUUCAACGGGCAGAUGCAACGAAUGCGAACGCGUGGGACUACGGAGGCGGGCAUGUGGAUCCCACGCGCGUGUUGGACCCCGGGCUCACGUUUCAUGCCGCACAUCGCGACUAUGUUAAUUUUCUUAUGGGGAGGGACCCGCUAAGAGCGAUGAAGCGGUUUUGGCGGAUGGGAGAGCCCCGUCCGAUUAUUCCCCAGAACCUCAACCGGGCCUCAAUAGCGGUGACGCGUUUACGCGGCGUUGCCGUAGUGUACCGGCGCGUAAAAAACGUGUACAAUAAGAAGUCUACCUAUAGAGUGAAAUUGGACAUCCCACCUGAGUUCUCGGUGAAAGUUUCACCGGAGAAGUUCACUAUUCUGCCCGGAGAGUCCAAGGUGUUUGGGGUGACCAUUAUGGGGCUUUCUAGGUUCCUUAAUUGGAGAAAGUUUAGGUUUGGUACCAUUCUAUGGACAGACCAAUAUGGGCACUCUGUGCCUAUGCGCUUGGUGGUCAGGUCUUGCUUUAUUUUAUGUACAGUGUCAUGAUUUUACAUGUACUAUGUUUGCCUGGA